AUGGCUCAUAGUCGAGGUGCACGGCUCGAGAGCAGAGUUUGCUCGAUCGAGGUAUAUGCCUCGGACCCUCGUUCUAGCGCAAAUCUGAUAAGGGAAUAUUUGGUCGGCAAUCCAUUGCUAAACUCGAGUCACUUGUGCAUUUCUUGGAACAUCUAUCUAGGUCGGAAAAAUAGCUCGUCCGAGGCACCCAAUGACAGACUCCUUGGCGGCCUCUUGUCUCCUGAAUUCGAUGACAAGUCCUGCCUCAGUCGAUACCAGUCUAUGCUCUACCGCAAGGCAUCACCGCACGCUCCUUCGCCUCAUCUCGUCCGAAAGCUGCGAGAAUACGAAGCUCUCCACAAGAAAUGCGCUCCCAACACCGAUCUCUACCGCAAGUCCAUAGAGCAGUUGAAGUCCGGCCGCAGCGACGGCCCCAUGGAGUGCAACUACGUGGUUUGGAUCCCGCACAAUGGCCUCGGCAACAGGGUGCUCACCAUCGUCUCCUCCUUCCUCUACGCUCUCCUCAACAACAAGGUUCUGCUGGUCCACAUCCCCAGCGACUUCACCGACCUUCUCUGCGAGCCCUUUCCGGGGACUUCGUGGGCUCUGCCUUCCGACUUCCCCGUCCACAACUUCCUCGAUUUCGACACAGGGACUCCUCAGAGCUACGGCAACAUGCUCCGCGAUAAGGUCAUCGACGACGAAAUGCUCUCAGGUUCUUCCAAUGCUACGUUGCCGGCUUACGUCUACCUCCACCUGCCCUGGUACUACGACCAAUGGGAUAAGCUGUUCUUCUGCGGCGACGCGCAGCGGAUGCUUCGGAGGAUCCCUUGGCUGCUGCUGAAAUCAGACCACUACUUCGUGCCGUCCCUGUUUCUGCUGCAGGAGUACGAGGAGGAGUUGCGGCAGCUUUUCCCGGAGAGAGCGACCACGUUCCACCACCUCGUUCGGUAUCUUGUGCACCCGACCAACGCCGUGUGGGACUACGUCACCAAGUAUUACCGUGCUCAUCUUGCUGCGGCUGAUGAGACGUUGGGCAUCCAGAUCCGAGUCUUCGACAACUUCCCCGUUCCGUUCGAGUCGAUGCUGCGUCAGGUCAUUAACUGCUCGCUCAGUGAAGGCAUUCUGCCUGCGGUGAACUUUCAGGAGUGGGCGGGACCAGCUUCGAAGACCGACACGAAGGUGAAGGCCGUCCUGGUCGCUAGCUUGUUUUCCGGAUACGCCGAGAGGAUCCGAGACAUGUACGCCAAGCAUCCCACGACGACCGGCGAGGUGGUCAGGGUGCACCAGCCGAGCCACGAGGAGCAGCAGCACACGGAACAACGAGGCCACAACAUCAAGGCGUUGGCAGAGGUGGAGCUUCUGAGCUUCAGCGACGCCCUGAUCACCAGCGCGUGGUCGACGUUCGGGUACGUGGCGCAGGGUCUCGGUGGCUUGCAGCCGUGGAUCCUUCUCCGGCACACGCAGUCGGACCUCCCAUGCCGCCAGGCUAUGUCGUCGGAGCCAUGUUAUCUCAUGCCUCCCCCUUUCCCUUUCCCUUCCUCCCAUUGCUCCAAGGAUCAUGGCGACGCCGGCGAAGCCGCUGCGGCCACGCAGUAUGUGAGGCAGUGCGAAGAUGAACUCGGAGGCAUCAAGGUUUUCGACUAG